ACUUCUCGUCGUUCGAUUGCUUCAGUCUGCUCUCCAAACCGGAAGUGAACGUCAAAGCAAGAUGGUAGCCACGCGGAGGGGAGUACUCGUGUCUUCUCCCACGAAAACAAGAGUCGAGCAGCCCUCCGACAUCCAGGCCACGCCCUCCACACGAAGGACAACCAGGAGUUCUGCGGCGCAGGCGGACAGUCCCACCGGCAAGGUCCUGCAGGAGACCGGCCGCCAGCUUCAGGAAGCAGACCUGCGGACGUCGGUGCUGAAGCGAUGCAGCAGAGCCUCCAGACUCCACAGCCCGGAGCAGCCGUGCACCCCCCUGGGCUCGGACGUGUCCGACCUGGAGUCCUGCUGCUCCGACGUAAACGCACGCGUGACACGCAGCAGCAGGAGGAGACCCGCCAGCCAAGAGGAGGAGGACCUGUCCGAGGCCGAGUCCUGCUCGUCCCUGGUCCAGAUAAAUGUCCGGCGCACAAGAAAGAAGGCGGAGGACAAAAAGGAGGGAUCCAGUAGUUCGGCAGUGUCUGAAGCUGAAGCUCCGAGGAAGAGCAGGACCGUCAAGCAUGAAGAAGAAGAAGAAGAGUCCGAGGCGGAGUCCUGCUCUUCUGAUGUCCAGACCACAAGAACCCUACGCAGCACGAGGAAGACCAUCCCUGUCCCAAAGUCGGUCAGGACGGACGACGUGAAGGUGGACUUGGCACCCAAGUCCCGCCAGAGAGUCACUCGAAGUCAAAGACAAAGUGUCCGUCCUCGACGCUCCUCCAAGAGACGAGCGGAGGACUCCGACGAGCUUUCCGACGCCGAGAGCGUGGAGGCGUCUCACUCCGAAGUCCGUAGGAGCACCAGGACCAGAAGCUCGGAAGACGUCUUCCUGAGCUCCCCCACACCGAGGAGGACAAGAAGGACGAGUGCGGCGGCAGAGGAGAAGUCAUGUGACUCAGAGAGCUUCGAAUCCGGCCCGGAAUUCAGCCUCGGCAGGCGGGACAAGACCUGGUCCUCCAGUUCCAACGCCCCGGAGUCCGACUCGGAGGGAGGCGGGACUCCCUGCAGCAGCCGCACCGGAUCGGGGAGCAGCCGGCGACGCGCUUCGAUUCCCGUGAUGAAGAACCUCUACGUGGUUCUGGAGAACGCUCGAGAGGAGAUCUUACUGGACAACUCGGUUCUGGACUCCACGGUGGUCUCUGGAGACGCGGAUGGGACGCUGCUGGAGGAAGACAAGAAGACCGGCGAGGACUUGAGUGGAGACGUUGGACUUGAAGUAGACCCACAGGCGGGGGACGUCACGCUUGAAGACCGGAGGACCGGGGAGGACCCGACUGAAGAUGGGAAAGGAGAGGAAGAGGACGCCAUUGAGGUCUUGGCUGAAGCGUCACACCUGGAGGACUGGACUGAAGAUGGGAAAGGAGAGGAAGAGGACGCCAUUGAGGUCUUGGCUGAACCGUCACACCUGGAGGACUGGACUGAAGAUGGGAAAGGAGAGGAAGAGGACUGCAGUGAGGUCUUGGCUGAAGCGUCACACCUGGAGGACUGGACUGAAGAUGGGAAAGGAGAGGAAGAGGAGGACGCCAGUGAGGUCUUGGCUGAAGCGUCACACCUGGAGGAAGACAAGACCAGUAAGGACUCUGAUGACGUGGCAGAGGUUGCUCUGGAAGACUGUGAUGGUGAGGCUGCAGUGGCGUCUGCAGACCAGCAGGGCGAGCUGUCUGCUGAAGAGAGGGAGGACGAGCUCGCCUCGGUGGAGGAAGCGAUGGAGACCAAGUGUGAAGACGUUCUUGACGACACACCUGCCAGAACGUCCGAGGUGGAGGUGACGGACCACGCCGAGGCCCAAGCUCCACCCAAGCACAGAAAAGCGGCCUGUAAAGAAUUCAGCCUCUCUGUGAGCAGCGAUGAAGAGGAUGAAGAGGUGUCGGAGGAGGACGAGGACGCAGGAGAGAUACCAGACCGCCCCUGGAAGCCUCAGGCCGCGCCCGUGUCCGUGGACGGCGUGUUCAUGGUGGACACGCGGGUGGGGGGCGAGGCCAGCGAAGACUACUUGACACAGCCGCUCACCAAGGAGGAGCUGGUCGGUGGAAAGGACGACAAAGAGUUUGUGGAUGAAGAGGACCAAGAAGACCAGGAAGUGGACUUGUUCUGGUCCAGCAAGAAAAAGUGGACGAAGAAGUUGUCCACGGUCAUAGAUCCUGGCAUCAGCGUGAGACAGCUGGGUGGAUUGUACAUCACCCUUAAUGGCAGCCAACCAACACCUGGACCAAGUUGUACUAAGAAACCCAAGGAGAAGAAGGUCCAAGACGAGGUGAUGAAGAAGAGCGUGAUGAAGGCGGACUUUGAGAAGAAGGACACGGUGCCGCCGUACAGCGAGUCCAAACGUGCCUUGAAGAAACAACACAGAGCGGAGCGUGAAAAGACCACAGGGGACGGCUGGUUCAACAUGAAAGCUCCCGAGCUCACCAAUGAGCUGCAAGGAGAUCUUAAACUGCUGAAGAUGAGAGGAUCCUUGGACCCUAAAAGGUUCUACAAGAAGAACGACCGCGAUGGAUUCCCCAAGUACUUCCAGAUGGCCACUGUGGUGGACAACCCCCUGGACUUCUAUCAUUCCCGCGUGCCCAAGAAGCAGAGGAAGAGGACCAUGGUGGAGGAGCUGCUGGCUGAUGAAGAGUUCAGGCACAAGAACAAGAAGAAGUACCUCAACAUCAUGGCCGAGAAAGCGGCCCAGGCAGCAGGAAAGAAGAACAGCUACAGGAACCCCAAGUUUGUCAAGAUGUCCAAAAAAGCUGGGAAGUAGAAGCGCCUGGAAGAUGACUUAUAAAUUAUAUCUGCAAUACAAACUAGUUUUCGCCAUUUUAUUUUCCAGGACUUUAAAGCUACAUACAAAACAACAUAAAUCCACACUUCCUGUACAUGAACAUUAUUCUUAUGUAAACACUUGGUUUUAAGAUGAUUGUACAGUAUAUCGUUUAUAUUUGGACAUGGCUGAGCAUCAUUGAGUAAUCAUGCUUACUUUUUCCCAAGUCAAAUGAUGCAGCAGUAAAUGACUCUGCAGAAAAAACAUUUUUAAACGGACAUGUACCUGACAUGCUUGUUGACAUUAAAAGGUGCACUU